ACCUCGCCCGGCAGGCUGCCGCGCUGUUCGCCACGCGAGCCCGCGGCCCUCGCCGAAGGGUCCUUACGGGAGUCUGAGGUGUCUUUGGCAAGCGCCUGCUCCGAAGAGCAGGGCCAGGGGUUCCAGGGAGGCCGCGAUGAAAGGCUGCUGAUACGGGGAGAGAGGUAUCAUUUUUUAGCGUCGUCUUUUUGUGUGUGUGGCGCGGCCGGUGGAGUGGGAUUCCGGGCAGGCGGACGUUGGCCACCCCUAGAGGAAGAUUUGGAGGCGCUCGCUGCCGCAGCCGGCGCCGAGUGGUGGGGUUCGGGCGGACUCGGGUGGCGUCGUGGGAGGAGGCGAAGCCGGGCGAGGCGAGGCGGGGAAGCUGAGGGAGUACCUAUGGCGGGUACCAUUUCCACGCCGGUGUAGUUGGCAGGAGUCGGGAAGGCAACGGGUCAGACCGCAUCCCUGCCACGCACCACACACUGGGAGGCUUCAGGGAAGCCGGCCACCGUCCCCUCGUCUCCGGUCCCCCGCCUGCAGAACGCGGGAGGGAGCGACCUACCUUGCAAGGUCGUCGUUGCGCGUGUCCAAGGUGAAGUACCAGUUCGAUACGAUACAAUAAUCUUUAUUGUCAUUGUCCCAUACAGAACAACGAAAUUGAAAAAAUCUACAUCAGACAUCAUAAUAAUAAUAAUAAUAAUAAUUUAUUAUUUAUACCCCGCCCAUCUGGCUGGGUUUCCCCAGCCACUCUGGGCAGCUUCCAACAAAACACUAAAAUACAAUACAGUGGUACCUCGGGUUACAUACGCUUCAGGUUACACACGCUUCAGGUUACAGACUCUGCUAACCCAGAAAUAGUACCUCGGGUUAAGAACUUUGCUUCAGGAUGAGAACAGAAAUCGUGCUCCUGCGGUGUGGCGGCAGCAGGAGUCCCCAUUAGCUAAACUGGUGCUUCAGGUUAAGAACAGUUUCAGGUUAAGAACGGACCUCCGGAAUGAAUUAAGUACUUAACCCGAGGUACCACUGUACAGGUACUUAGUGACAAAGUUCCCUGGAGGGGCUGGCCACUCUCCAGUCAUAGCUGUCAACUUUUCCCUUUUCUUGCAAGGAAUCCUAUUCGGAAUAAGGGAAUUUCCCUUAAAAAAAGGGAAAUGUUGGCAGCUAUGUCUCCAGUUUUUAGAGACAGCAAGGUAGCCAGAGUCAGAACCAUCAGAUUCUCAGGAAACAGAAACUGGAAUGAAGGGUCUGGCGAUGUUCAUAGCAGUGACCUUUGCCAUGAGGGUGACCAGGGUCUAAUGGGUAAGAGGUGCAGCUCUUGUCAACACAAUCCAAAAUUCUACAUGCCGUACCAAUCAUGUGUUCCCAAGCACCUCCCAUGUGAGAGGCAUGGAGAGGGUUAAAGAUCCAUGCACAAUCCCGAGCACUGCGGUAGUCACGGAGAGCGGGGUCAGUGUCGUUUUUUUCUCUUUAGUCCCAGCUCCCACAAAAUUCAUGCCACAAUCGGGCCUAAUGAAUUUGAUAGGUCCAUGUAUGGCCACAAAUCUUCUCAAGGCAUUGAUGACACUGAUAGUGCCUAUGGACUCCGUGAUCUCAAUCUGGAAUGCACAGAUACUCAAGCACUGCCCAGCGCUUAUUGUUAGCUUGACCUCCCCUUGUCUUGCGCAUAGCCAUGCUCUAAGGUCUGAAGACAUCCAAACCCACAUUAGCGAAAGGUGGUUCGACUGCAUGCAAAGCAGAUUGCUAUGUUCAUUGGCUUUGCUGCUCUAGUAGUGUAUUUAGUGUUGCAACUGUAGGCUGCAAUGCUAAACGCUCUUAAGAGGGUUUAGAAACAAUUCAGUGUGACUUGAUUCUGCACAUUGUGGCUGUGAGGCAUCAAUGCCUUGUUUUUUGAAUCUGCCCAUAUGAAUGUUUUGAUCCAUGAUUAAAAAGUCCAGGUGGCUUUAUUAGAUAGAAGACCUCUGUACCAGUAAUGAAAGAAAAAUCAAUAAAUAUAAUUUAAGAAAAGAUCUCUAUGAAGACUUUGACACAGUAGAGUUGCCACUCCUGUCCUAUGGAGUAUGAGGGACUGACAGUCGGCACCUUUUUCCAAUUUGACGUAAGAUUAAUUCAGUCUCCGCAACCAAACCAAUACUUGAAAUUGGAGAAUUAGUGCACUUCCUCCAAGAUGCUUGCAGUACACACACACACUAUAUGCAUUUCCAACAUCAUUUUUUGUACUCAAGGCCAUAUAUUUUUGUAUAUUUUCAAUUUCGUUCUGUAUGGAACAAUGACAAUAAAGAUUAUCGUAUCGUAGGUGUGGUGUUGCUUACCAUACGUUUGUAGGUGCAGGUGGAACAAAGGGCUUACUUGCAGUUAUUUUUAGUAAUGCAUGUCCUUGAAAAGCACCUGGCAGGGCUUUUGGCUUGAGUAAUAUAUGUUGAGCUGUGACCAGAAAUCAUUGCAAUUUUUGGACAUGGAUAUGUGCAGUUCCUGCCAACCUAGCAGUUCGAAAGCAUGUCAAAGUGGAAGUAGAUAAAUAGGUACCACUCCGGUGGGAAGGUAAACGGCAUUUCCGUGCACUGCUCUGGUUUGCCAGAAGUGGCUUAGUCAUGCUGGCCACAUGACCCAGAAGCUGUACGUCAGCUCUCUCAGCCAAUAAAGCGAGAUGAGCGCCGCAACCCCAGAGUCGGCCACGACUGGACCUAACGGUCAGGGGUCCCUUUACCUUUACCUAUAUGUGCAGUGGGGGACAAUCGUGCAUAUGAAACACAGUCUUCAGUGCAUAAAAGGCAUAUGUGAGCCCACCCUGAGACCACUGUAUGCAACAUUUCUUGAAAUAGGUGUUUCAUUCUUUCCCUGUUAUGGUUUCCAUACAUGCUGUGUUAUGGUGUGGUUCUGUUUUUAAAGGUUGAGAUGCUUAUACGUAAGUGGAUAUGAACAUUGGUAUCCUUACGCGUCUUAUUGGAAAAAAAUACCCUAGUACUGACAGGUUUUUUUCUGCUUCAGCUUAGAGCCCAACUCUCAUUUCAAUUGGAUGUGUAAUUGAGAGACUCUGGAUUCCACAGAUUGCAAGCUACUGAGCAUGUAUUUUGCACGAUGGCAUUGAAAACCCAAGUUCCACGUACAGCAAAAUAGCAGAGUCCUCUUUGGACUAUACCACUUUUAAUUGCAGAUGAGUGAAUGUGCUUUUUAAGUUCUCCCCAACAUGGGGGGGGGGGACCUAUAAGAACCUCCCUACAUAAAAACAAAACAAAAACCGUAAUCAGUGGAUGGUAUUCAACGACGUUUUACUUAGAGUAGACUCUGGGACACCAAGAUUUUGGCUUGUCAGACAAAACAAUCCCCCCCUCCCUUCCACUUGUGUACUGUUUGUUUGUUCUCCUGAUGCAGCCCCUGAGCCAAUUUUGGGGAGUGCAGGAGUGGGGCGGGGAAACCUUUGUUGCAAAGACAGAAUCACUGGUUAAUCCCUUCCCAUUGAAAUUAAUGAACACGGCUAAGUUACCGUAUUUUUCGCCCUAUAGGACACACCGCCCCCAUAGGACGCACCUAGGUUUUUUGGGGGGGAAAUAAAGAAAAAGAAUUUAUUUCCCCCCCAGGCGCGGGGGAAGCCCGAGCUUCCCCCGACCCCAGCCCCCAGAACAGCCUGCUAUCCACAAGCCUAGGGAGCCCAGCGCGAAGUCGCACCGGUCUCCCCAGGCUUGCGGAGAGGUGCGCGAAGCCCGGGCACGCUCUUCAGCGCGUCCCAGGCUUCGGAAUGCAGGCAGCUCCGUGCAGCCGUCAGGAGCCCGGCGCGGAGGUGGGCGAAGCCCGGGGCUGCAGGCACCUCCGCGCAGCUGUUGGGAGCCCGGCGCGAAGCUGGGCGAAGCCCGGGACUGCAGGCACCUCCGCGCAGCCGUCGGGAGCCCAGCGCGACUUUGCGCCGGGCUCCCGAGGGCUGUGCAGAGCUUCCUGAAGCCUGGAGAGCGAGAGGGGUCGGUGCGCACCGACCCCUCUCACUCUCCAGGCUUCAGCAAAAGCCUGCAUUCGCCCCAUAGGACGCACACACAUUUCCCCUUCAUUUUUGGAGGGGAAAAAGUGCAUCCUAUAGGGCGAAAAAUACGGUAGAUCCAUUAAUUUCAGUGAGCCUAUUCUGAGUAAAACCUAGUUGGAUACCACCAAAUGUCCUCUCCCUCAUAUGCCUGCUACUUCUGGGGUGCAAUAAAAACACCUCUCUCUCAUAGGCCUGCUUCUACUUCAGUAGAAUUCAACCCCCUACCUCUAAGUCCGAAGCAGUGUGGCCCUAGAAAGUUUCUACUUCAUAACUCUGCUGGGUAUAUUAGGGUCUCAUAACUUUGCUGGAUAUAUUAGGGUCUCAUGGGAUUUAGCUUAGAGGUGCGGGAAGUGGGAUCUGAAAAGGUACAAGGAUAUGGCGGUAAAAUGAGAGUCCAUUUAGGAGUGAAGUGUGUUUUGAAAUCCAGGAAUGUAGCACUACUUACAAAUAUUAGCUGGCAGUGAGAUCUCUGCCUAUCCUCUGUUAGCUCUUGAUUGAUCUGAUAGGUGUGACCACUAAGCCCAAUAGGCUAUACUGUAUUGCCUCUUCUCUUGGGAGCCGUCCAGGAGUUUUCCAUAUAUUUUUCGGUUCACCCAUCCCCCCCCCCACUUUUGUGUGUUGAAUUUGGUUUAGCAGAGGGAUUAUUUUUCUUCCUCUAUGGAAAGCAUAGCAAGCUAGCAAACAUUUAAAACAGCCUCAGAAUAACUGCUGCCGUUGGCCUGUCACACAGAGGGCACUUUGUAUUCUAAACUUGAGCUUGAGAUGUGAGGAUAAAUGCUAGCUUUGAGAGUGUUGCUUAGCAUAAUAAGUCGUACUACGGAGCCCUGACUGAGCACAGCCAUUGGAUUGCUUGCUUGCAUGUGGCUCAUGAACACGUCUCCAUGGCUGUGGGAGGUUAGGAUGAGAUUCCUGGUAACGGAAGCAGUUUGCUUUUUGGGGGGUUUGCGAGCUAGCUAGAUAAUUGGUUCCAUGCAGCCCUGGGAUAACUUCUGACUUUCUGUGCAGCUUGUGACGCUUGCCCACACCCUUGAAGAUGAAUGGCUGGAUUUCAAGCACGGUUUGCCUGUCCGCUGCCCUCUUGCUGCUGUUGAGUGGUGCUUUUGCCCGGAGGAGCCAAGAUCUCCGCUGUGGAGGUAAAGCAGACUCUCUCAUAGCAAUCUCAUUAGGAAAAUGGGUGGUGGAGCUUGAGAAAUACAGAGCAGCAAAAUAACAUUGCUUGUACCCAGUGCUUUUUUUUUUCUAAAAAAAUAUUUAGGGGUACUCUCAUUUUCCUACUCAUAUUGAAAUACUGCCCAUCAAUGAUUCUGCCAAAUUUAGAUUCACAAAAUGUUUAGGGGUAUGUGUACCCCUGCGUACCCCCCAGGAAAAAAAGCACUGCUUACACCACUCUCUGCCUUUAAAGAGGCUUUUCCACAUUGAUUUGGCACCUGAAGAUUCUAGGAAAUGGACCAGGGUGCCCAGUCCACUCACUCUGUUGCAGGGUGUGAUGUGCAAUGGUGGUAGCAAACUUUUUCAGGGUAGCCUGUCUCAUAACAGAUCAGUUCUCAUUGAGUGACCCCCCACAAUAGUAGUCUGAGGGCACCUAGGUACAUAGUUUGAAAUAAACAUAAUGGUUCCAUUCCUGUGUAUGUAGGAAUACGCUGCAUCAGUUUGUUCUCUAAUUGUUUUCAUCAUUACUUGGAGAUGAAAGGUUGGCCAUGGCAAGGUCUUAUCCUAGGGAUUGGCAGCUGGUGGCAUGGGCUCAAACAGGCUCCAAGGGGUUUUUCAUUUGGCCCCUCUGAUCUGGUCAGAUAACUGGUCAGCCUGGACAGCUCAGUUGGUUAGAGUGUGGUGUUGAUAACACCAAGGUUUCAGUUCAAUCCCUGUGUAUGGGACAGCUGCAGAUUCCUGAACUGCAGGGGGUUGGACUAGAUGAUCCUCAUGGUCCCACAAUUCUACGAUUCUGUGAUCUCAAGGGCCUUCCCUUUAUUAGGCACCUCACCAGCUUUUUGCAGCAAAAGUGACCUCUACACACUUCAGCUAUGUGCAACAGGACUUGGCAAUUGAGAUGCAUAAGAAGGGUGUUUGACUCUUUAAAAAAUCCUUUGCCUGGGUCUUGGGAGUAAGUAGCUGCCAUGCAUAUUAAGGGGACGACUUUGCCACCGUUUGCUGCUAUUUCUUGAGGAGGAGGCUAUUAUACAGACCCUUGCCUGAGUAGAGUGACUCAGUUGGGCAGAGCCCAGCGUUCCUGGGCCUUCAGUCCUUCUCAGUUCAAAACAGGGUUUCCCAAACUUCGGUCUCCAACUGUUUUUGAACUACAGUUCCCAUCAUCCCUGACCACUGAUCCCGCUAGCUUGGGAUGAUGGGAGUUGUAGUCCAACAGCAGCUGGAGACCCAAGUUUGGGAAACCCUGGUUCAAAACUCCUGUUAAGUUCGUUCCUGACUGAGGUGAGGAACCUGUGGCCCUCCAGAUGUUGUUGCGGGACAAUUUCCAUCAUUCCUGACGAACGGCCACACAGGCUGGGGCAAAUAGAAGCCAAACAGCAGCUGGAAGGCUACAGGUGACCUGUUCCUGCUUUCCCUGCAUGCCUGAAGCAGCAUCCUUCUGCUCCCAAUAACAGAGUUUUCUGGCCUACGUGGAGGCUGCUGAAAAGUGACGUUGAAAUGGCAUAACCCUUUGAGACGUUACGUGUCCAUGCAAGUCAGCCCAAAUGUGUGAGAUUCGACGGCUCCAGCACCACACAUCCCUGAUACAAGCAUUACGCCUCACCAUGUGGAACACUGUCACACAGAAGCAUUGCUUGGGAGAGGAGAUCACUGGACCUGUGUCUUCAGAAAAGCCUUAUGGGAGUGUUAGCAUAACUACCCAUCCCCUGCUAUUGUAUUUUCCCUUAUUCUUGGGUUGCAAGCACAAGUCCCAGAAGCAGCAACUGUUGCUUUAGUAGUCUUGCUUGCUGAUGCUACGCCAGAGGAGAAAGAAGAAUAGGGGAAGAGAGAGUGCAGUUGUUUUGUUGCCCUCAAGGCUGCUGAACCAACUGAUGUUGUGCCGAGGUCAGGAGCUGUCAAUUUUACCUCUUUCCCGGUACUUGCUUUCACUCCCCUGAAUGCACGACUUGCCUAACGUAAAUGAUAAAUUCUCCCAUCAAGUGCUGCAAAUAAAUUGUUGUUACAAGACAUAUUUUCAUUUGCGGUAUGCUGAGUUCUGAAGAAUGCAUUUGUUCAGCUGCCAAAUCUUGAGAAUGUUCUGGCAUCAAGCAGUCGAUCAUGAAGUUAAUGUAGCUGUCUUCCUGAGUGCUAUGAUCAGUACCGCUUCUUGGAGCGAGUUUUUGUUUCUUUCUUUCUUUGGUUUUAGCAUGCCGGGCACUGGUGGAUGAGCUGGAGUGGGAAAUAUCUCAGGUAGAUCCCAAGAAAAUGAUCCAGAUAGGUUCCUUCCGCAUCAACCCAGAUGGAAGCCAGUCUGUCGUGGAGGUAACAUGUUUCAUGCUUGCCCUUGAUUGGCGAUCUGAGAAACAGAAAAUCAGGGAGAUGGGUAGCACCCUGCAGAAAUGUGUGGGAAAAACCCUUCUGCUGAGAUUUUAAACUUCUGGUGAAAGGGAAUUUAUUUUUUAUGGGCGGUGUCAGGGCUGCCUCAAGUCUCAGCUCACAAAAGACCAACGCCUAUGUCUUCUUAUAUACAAAAGUGUUUAUUGCAGUUCAUUGUUUGCUUGACAUCUUAGGCGCGCAGCCCUACGUCUGCUACGCUUAGACCGCUGAAGUCCCCUCUGAAUCCGUCCCUCCCCUGCACCAAUUUAAGAGGCUUGCGCUGCUCCACCUCUUUCUCUCUUUCCUUUUCCGCAGGGUCCUUCUGCCCGCUGGGGUUUCGCCCCUCCUGGAUUCCUCUGACGCGGAAUCAGACUGCUCUUCCCCCCUCCUGCGGGCUUUGGGACCUGGCCCCUCCUCCGGGCUCCCUGUACUUCCGCGCGCCUCUACAUGUGACCUAGGCGCGCGCGCCAAACCUCUAACUUUCCUUUUGACAGUUACACUACUCCCUUCACUACUCCCCUCCCCUUCCGGGAGGAUGGCUUGCUCCGACCUCCCUCCCUUCUCUGCUGCCGGAGCUGCUUCCCCUGAUACACUGGAAACUCCACCCCCUUCGCUGCACUCUGGUGGGGAGGCUGGUCCUGACGCCCAGCUGCCACUUUGGGAUCCUCCGCUGGCCCCCUGCUCCUGACACGUCCCCCCUGGGGCUCCCUGGCCUUGACCACCGGCGCCCCCUUCUGGGAAUCCUCUGAUUCGCUGGAAAGACUCAUGGAAUCUCUUGAGUCAUUGUCAUCCUCUUCCUCGCUGGCUUGGGAUUCAUCCCCAUCGCUCUCCAUCUCCUGCCUACCCUGUGCCUCUCUCCCUGAACCCCUGACAGGCGGCAACCCAGUUCUUCAGCUUUUCUGGCACAGUGGACUUCUGUGUGCAGAAUGGAACUUCCUGUUUCUCUCCUGUCCCCUCCAGCACACUGUGCACCCUCAAAAACUGCUCUGGAGGGUUGACUGAUCCUCUGGAGCAAAUUUUGGGGAUGUGCAAGGGAAGGAGGAGAAACAUGAAUCUGGUUGUGCCAACAGAAUUAAGCUCAUGGAGCACUGGCUACAUCCCUGCAUUUUUAUCCUUUUACAUCUCUCAAAGCAGCACCCAACAAUAAAUAGAAAUCAAUAAUUAUUAUUUAUAUUAGGUGUGGGGAACUUCUGGACCUCCAGAUGUUGCUGAACUACAGCUCCCAUCAUCCCUUGCCAUGGGCAAUGCUUUCUGGGGCUGAUGGGAGUUGUAGUUCAUGGAGGGCCAAAGGUUCUCCACACCUAAUACAGAAAUUUCAAAUUCUAGAGGUGCAGCUAAGAAGGGACUGGUGAGGAACAUGGAGCCCGUGAGCGGGGGAAUAUAGAGUUCAACAAUAGUUCCACAUAAUUUCUUUAUCCCUAGUUCCAGAUCUUGGUGGCUGCCAUUGGUCCUUCUGUUUGGUGACUUAGGUUGUCACAGAAAGAUGAAAACUAAGGCAAUCAUUACAGUGUCCUCCUUUUGGUAAAAUGGCAAAAUGAUUGACCACUCCUCAGCGAUCGGUUGUAAGACGUGCAUGGUGCCCGAGGAAAAUUACGUUACAAUAGGAUCUGAUGAAGGUAAAGGUGGGGGAGGCUUUUCCCACCUUCAUAGCAAGCUGCCAUUCCUCCACAGGUGCCCUAUGCCAGGUCUGAAGCUCACCUGACGGAAUUGUUGGAGCGCAUCUGUGACAAGAUGAAAGAGUAUGGCGAAAAGGAAGAUCCUUCCACCCACCGGAAAAGCUAUGUGAGGGUGAUGUCCCGCGACGGGACCAAGAUGGACCUUUCUCAAACCAAAUUUGAUACCGAUAUGACAUCGAGCCUCAAGUUUGCGGUGAGUGAUGCAGAGAGUGAAGCUGGGUGUGGGACUACUUGGCUGCUGGAGAAAAGGAGACUCCAGUAGAACCUCCUGGCUGCAACCUGUAGCCUCUUUUCCUUCCGAAUUCUCUCUUAAUACUUGCAGCUGGUUAUGGUGACAGACAUUCGAUGCUGCAGUUGCAAUGGUAUAAUUGCAGCCACGACUCUGGACCAGCUCCACGCUUUGCAGUACGUAUUAGGGAAGUGGAACAGGUAGCUGGUGCCUACAUCAAAGAACGUACGUUGCAGGCACGAUGUAUAGUACGGCUGACUUCCUUGGUUCCCCUUUGCAGUGUGAGAGUAUAGCUGAAGAAUAUGAAGAUGAGUUCAUAGAAUUCUUCUCCCAUGAGGCAGAAAAUGUCAAGGACCGACUAUGCAGCAAACGAACAGGUAAGCAAAGGACUAGGCUGUUUGCAGAUCAAGCCGGUCAGUAAUUCACUCCGUUGAAAGCUGGAGUCAACUCUUUAUUAGCGAAACGUGAUCUUUGCAGAUUUGGCUGAGUUUCAGGCCUUAGGAGCACAGCAGCUCUUGCCCUGUAGGCCCUACUCCAUAAAAUACAGUGGUACCUCGGGUUACAUAUGCUUCAGGUUACAGACUCCGCUAACCCAGAAAUAGUACCUCGGGUUAAGAACUUUGCUUCAGGAUGAGAACAGAAAUCGUGCUCCGGUUGUGCAGGAGGCCCCAUUAGCUAAAGUGGUGCUUCAGGUUAAGAACAGUUUCAGGUUAAGAACAGACCUCCGGAACGAAUUACCACUGUAUAUUGCUGAGAUUAAAAGUCCCCAUCUCCCUUCUAUGUCUCUUCCUCUCCUGGGGUUCUUGCAAGCAGAGACUGCACCUGCGGGCAGCCUGCCUUUGCUUCUCCUGUUUAAUACCUCUCCUGAUUCUGGGAGUCAUGGGAAGAUGGGACACCAUUGACUCUUUAUUAACCUGACUGCCUUUUGACCUCCCUCCUCCAACUCGCCUGCUUCAACUUCAGCUUCAGCCUCUGAUACCCGACUUCUCUCUGCCACAGACUCUUCUCAACGCACUGAGCCCUGUCACUCCUUCAACUUCUGACCCCUUCUCUUCCCAGUCUUCUCCCUCUGAGCACUCAUUGUUGUCCCACCACCUCUACUUCCCGGGCUCUGAGCCUUCUUCCCUUGGUGGUUCCCCAAUUUGUUCCUCCGCCUAUUCCUCUGUGUCCAACCAGCCCAUGGCAUAGGCCAUUCUUCUGACAAGGAGGCACAGAUCUGCAUUCCAGGCAAGAAGCACCCUCCUUUUAGCUUGCAGUGAAGCCAGUUUUCCAACAUGAAGAAAAUGCCAGUGUAUCCACUAGCUUCCAUUUUGGGCAGUAGACAAUUAGUCACAAGUACAAAAUGGCAGACAUUGUUAAGCAGGAGUCAUCCCGGCUUCCUUUCAAGCAUCUUUUAAAAGCUGCAUUGUUCAGACAGCUUUUGGGACAUGAUUUAAAAAACAAACAAACACUAUUAUUUAUUGAAAACCUGAAAUAGCAACAGAUGUUUUUACUGUUGCGCCUGCGUUUUUAUGUUUUACGCUGUUAUUUUCUGUAACAGUGCCAUUUAUGAAUACAGUGGUACCUCUGGUUACAUACUUAAUUCGUUCCGGAGGUCCGUUCUUAACCUGAAACUGUUCUUAAGCUGAAGCACCACUUUAGCUAAUGGGGCCUCCUGCUGCUGCCGUGCCGCCAGAGCACGAUUUCUGUUCUCAUCCUGAAGCAAAGUUCUUAACCCGAGGUACUAUUUCUGGGUUAACGGAGUCUGAAACCUGAAGCGUAUGUAACUUGAAGCGUAUGUAACUCGAGGUGCCACGGUAUUUCAAUGUAGAAAAUAAUCAGGGCCAUCUUGCCUUCCUACGAACCUGCUUUCGAUUUCUGCUCUUGUUGACUGGUGUUAAGUUCUUUCACCCAAAGUUCUUUCAGCUGGAUGAAAUUGGUGCUCAGCAGGGGUUUGGAGAACUGAAUUAAUUUUCCAGUUGACGAAUACCAUUCAAAUUGGUUGAAGGACCUUGAUAUCACUAAAAAUAAAAGGGACUUCCCUCCCUCAAACUUCAGAGAACAGGCAUCUCAUUCCAUCAAGCUUCAGUUUGUCUCAGGAGGGGAGAAGCUUUAGUUCAGUUCCCAGCUAAACACUGCCUGAUUCACAAACCUCUGACUUUGCCCCCUUCUGAACAGUUGCUGUACUGAGUUUCUAGGAAGAGAAACUUCAGGUAGGAUUUUGGCCACGCUUUGACCUUGGAGGAUGUUCCUAAGAGACAGGUGACCGACCUUCUCCUGGCACAGCUUCCUGUGCUUGGCUUCCUCUCUCCACGCUUAGAAACAGUAAAGGCAGCUGAACUGAAACAGGCUGGUGCUGUUGAGCGGAACAUCUUUUCUUACCUCCUGGCAAUGAGUCAAAAGUGGCUUCUCUCCCACCACGACCUGUCCUUGGCAUUGCUUGCCAACUCCCCAUAGCAUUCUGCAGUGCCUCACAACACCCAUAGAAUGGCGUCCUGCAGUAACUGGAGCUCACAGAUGCCAAGAGAACAGUGCAGGUGCUAUAAAUAGUAAACCUAAAGGGUUCUCUCUGUGGCCUCGCCUCGUGUCCCUGCCUUUUUUUGCUUCAGGGAUGUCACUCGUGGCAAGUGAUUCCCUUGGUCUGCCUUUCCCACCUCAGUGUCUCUUGAGGCAGAGCAGGCAAUAUAGGAGAAGGGAGGCUGCUCUGCCUUUAUUCACCUGGAGUCAAUGUGGUCUUCCUCCCCGCUUCUUGCUAUUUGCAGUGGGAGGAAAGACUCCAGAAGGGUAGGGUGAAUUUGAUCAGGAGUGCAGCAGGGGCAAGGAGAUGAGACAGAUUCUUUUAACUGAGUGACAGCCCUGGAGAAAACCUUAGUCGGUGUUGGCCAAACUUGGCCCUCCAGCUGUUUUUGGACUACAGCUCCCAUCAUCCCUAGCUAACAGGACCAGUGGUCAGGGAUGAUGGGAAUUGUAGUCCAAAAACAGCUGGAGGGUCAUGUUUGGCCACCACUGUUUUGCAUAGGGUUCUUUUCCACAAGAAAUGAAUGGAUAAGAUUGAACAAUACGUUGUUAUCCAGCAGAUAGGAAACCACAGGUUGUUGACCAGUUUCAAGUUUCAGCUUUUCCAUGUGGUUUGUUUCUGUGUUCAGACACUGCACCAAACCAUGAUUUCAGCUUGCAAAUUUAAAACAGUGAGUACCAGGUGGUAUAGUAGUUUAGAGUGGGGAAACCCAGGUUCAAAUCUCUGCUCACUGCUUAAACUUACUAGAUAAACUUGGAGGAAGGGUAGGAUACAAAUAAGUGAGACGAAGCCAACAGAGGCACACUUUUGUUUUCCACUUUUUCUGCAUUUGGCCUCAGAAGUUCACUCCUAAUUAUCUGGAUGCAAAGGUAUGACUAUUGGCUAUGGUGGACGUGGGUGGCGCGGUGGUGUAAACCAUUGGGACUUGGGCUUGCCGAUAAGAAGGUUGGCGAUUCGAAUCCCCAUGAUGGGGUGAGCUCCCUUUGUUCUGUCCCAGCUCCUGCCAACCUAGCAGUUCAAAAGCACGUCAAAGUGCAAGUAGAUAAAUAGGUACCACUCCCAUGGGAAGUUAAAUGGGAUUUCCGUGUGCUGCUUCGGUUUCACUGGAAGCGGCUUAGUCAUGCCGGCCACAUGACCCGGAAAAACUGUCUGCGGACAAACAUCAGCUCCCUCGGCCAGUAAAACGAGAUGAGCUCCACAACCCCAGAGUCGUUCGCGACUGGACUGUCAGGAAUCCUUUACCUUUUUAUGGUUUGUCAAUUCACGCUGAACUGUAAUCUUCCAUGGCUUGAAUUGAGCUUGUUUGGGCACAUUGUGGCUAAAUGAAACUGUUUGAUUGAAGGUUGGCGUACCGAUAUGCAAAAUAUGUAAAAAAAUACAUUGCUCUUACAGAAUUGUCUUUGUCCUUGAUUUACCUGCCUUUUGGGUUUGGGCUAAGCAACACCUUAUUAGAUAUCUACAGAAUGUUUUCACUGUCCUAGAAACUCAAAUUACCUGGGCAUGUGAAAGUAUGCUAAGAGUUGCAUUCUCUGUAGUUUCUUUUUUCCUGUUAAUUUCUUGGUCAGUUUAGGAAAGGCCUUGGAGCCAAUAAAACAGACAAAUGAAAAGUCUCUUCCUGCCUUCACUUUCCUGCUGGAUUUUCACUGGCUCUCAGAGGAGUGACAAGCAGCCUGUUGCCAGGGGUCCGUUUAGGAAACUGCCUCAUCCUGUAGCACUGAGCUAUUUUUGGACUACGAACCUGACUGUGUUGUUUUAAUCUGACCUUUACCCUCCAGUGUUUGAGGGUUGGAGGCAUGCCACGUUGGCACAGCCAAAAUGCAGCACCUAUUUCUGACUACCAGGUCGUAACAGGCUAUUUGUAGUACCCAGCCAAAUAAUUAACACACAAAUCCACCUGAUUUUAGGCUCAAAGCCAAGUUGAACAAGGAAAUCUAGCCAAAGUUGAUUCUUUAUGAUCACCUAUUACUUUUACAGAUCAGCAAGGUGAGGAUCAUUGUUGCUGUAGGCCUGUAGAAGUGACUUAAUAAUUGGCUGUCACCCAAAUCAAUUGCAUAUUCACCUGAUCUGUUCAUACUAUCACUUCGCCAGAGUCCUUGGGAUUGCGUGGCUAGUCUCAUGAUGUUCAUGAUGAUUAGGAAGAUAAGCUAACCCUGUUUGAUCCUGUGGCCCGAAAGCAAUUGCUGAGUCAUUAUUGAUUUAAUCUUCCCUACAGAAGAGAAAAGGGUGAUUCGAACUGUGAAUUUUAUUUGUGGUGAAAAGUUUCUUGGGCAAGACCUGGCUGUGAGAAAAAGAGCAGAGGCUGGCAGAGAUAUUUCAGCAAAGGACAAUUUAGGAUAGCUCUUUAAUAUAUUUGCAACUCGUGAUGCACCAAGGUGAACGCAACCCUUUUUAUCAAAAGCGCAGAACUGCUGGGGACUUCAGAAAUGUAUUUGUGUAUGUGGAACAGCUCACAGGUGGAUAAUAUGGCUGGCAGACAGCAUUUGAAUUGAUGACCCAUGUGCUGUGCAGAUGUGGGAUUGAGGAACAAAUUUUUAACCCUUGGAUGAGGAGUCCAUACUUUUUUGUCCAUUCACUAGCAGUUCUGUUAGAACAAACUCUGCAGUAAGCUCUGCACAGUGGAAUAACUUUUUACAAGGGGAGUGUUUUAAAAUGGACUUUUUUAUCAGGAGCUGUUAGUAUGCAUGACAGAAAUGAAAGUUGGUAGGGUUGGAGCAGUGAAAAGGAGCAGGCUAGAGUACAGAAGACCUCGCCCAAUAAAAUGUUGCCCCGUGAUCACCACAUCUCGUUAAAACGAGUUCCACUUUGUCCGCACAUCAUCAGUCAAAUAUCAGCACCAAAUCUCAAGUUCAGCUUCAGAAAAUAAAACUGAAAACAAUUGCUGAGAUUUUUAAAAAGAAAAGGUUUUGUUAUGAAAAUUCUUUUUUUCUUACAUUACAACAUUUAGAUUUACUAUACUUUUGGAUAAACCCUCAUUUUGUAGGGGAGUAAUUCAGACUGAGAACUAUUGGUUUUUUGUGUAGAGUGAAGAAGUACAACCAUUACACCUUCUUGUGGGGACUGCUGCUAUGAUAUAAUAUUGGGCAAGUUUGAAUCAGCUCUGUUGUCUAUCUGGAAGUUCCAGUUCUUGUAAUGAACUGAAUUGUCUGUGCUUCUGUUGUAGAUCUGUGUGACCACGCCUUGCAUCUCCCACAUGAUGAACUAUGAAGCGCAAAGGCCUGCCUGGUCUGGUGGAUGAGUUGGCAAAGUCCUUGUAGACCACCUCCCUCUUCCUAGCUCCAAUAAUUAUUCUCCCAGCAGCCUUUGGGGGGCCACACCUUACAAUCUGUAAACAACAUUGUAUCUCUAAAAGAAAACACAAACAAAGCUUCUUUAUCAAAAUUUUAAAGCGAAUAAGUGAGACAGUGUCACUCACCUGACUUUUUAGAAACCCACCAUUAUCAGGCCUUUUCUGUUUGCUGUUUUUAAAGGGAACAAGAGACACUUCCAUAUGUGGACCCAAGUCUUGUUUUUUCUACUGCGUAGCCCAUUCCUCUGUGUGUGUGUGUUUUAAUACUUAGUGGCUAUGUGCAGGUGCAUUGCUCUGUAGGUCGGAGUCAGGAGACCAGCAACACAGCUCCUGGGUUCAUUUCAAGCUCUCGGAGGCAGAGUUCACCCAAACUUAAACAGAAGAACUUGUUGUGUUCCAUUGUGGCUCUGCUACCACCUUAUCAUGACACUGGGCAAGUCAUUUAAUUUGUCUAUGCAAUCCGUGCUUUGAGUGCAACGAGUGGGGGAGUAUGAACAUACAUCCUUCUAACCUGUACAAAGAGGGAGGAGCAAGCCAAUUUAUAUAUUAUGCCUCUGGAGCGGUUGUCUUUGCCUUGCAGCUGUUUUACCAGCCUCCACAUGUAUAGACUGGCUCCUGGUGAAAGCCAGUAUCUGGCUUGUAAAAUCCACAAGGGUGCUGAUACUGAGCACCUGGAAUUGGGGGAGGGGUUGUUGUACUCUUCAAAGGGCUUUUAAUACCUGUUUAAAAACAAAUGGGCCAGUGAUGGCAAGAAAAUAAAUCAUGCUGUGACUGACAUGAUC